UCCGCCUUUCCCUCUUCGCACUUUCCUCAGCUCGAUCAGUGAUCAGCUCAUUUGUUUCCGCUGUGCGGCUCCUCGUUCUCUCAUCUCUACCUUCGUUUUCGAGACGGAUCUUUGUUCUACUACCACUUCACUAUAUUUGAACUCAAGUAGAUAGUUGCUCGCUAUGCGCGUCUCUAUUGCUCUCGUGUCUCUUGUCUUCGCAUUAGCUGGUUCAGCAGUCGCUGCCCCGCAGCCGGCCGCGUUUGCUCUAGAGGCCAGGAAUGGCAACAAGUCUAACGCACAAAAUGGAGACGCCAACGGUAAUGCGAAUGGGAAUGCCGACAACGGAAACUCCAAUACUAAUGGGAAUGGCAAUGCGAAUGGAAAUGCUGCAGCUACGACGGUGACCGUAUGCGCUGCGACUGAUUCUGCAGCAGCCACCGACACUGCUGCAGCUACGGAUACCGCAGUAGCUACUGCUACUGACUCGGCAGCUGCAACUGACACUGCUGCUGUGACAGAUACUGCUGUCGCUACUGAUGCUGCAGCUACUGCUACUGCCACCGACGCCACCGCUACUGCGACUGACGCUGCGACAUCCAAGAAAGCUAAGAAACUGGCAAAGAACAAGAACGCCGACGCAAAUGGUAACGCAAACGGUAACGGAGGUGCAGACGCGAAUGCCACUGCUACAGAUGCUGCUUCGACUGUAACUGUCACAGUGGACUGUGGUGCUGGUGCUACUGCUACUGCUACGGACGCUGCUGCUACGGCAACUGCUACCGACGUUAGUGGUGCAGGCAACGUAACAAGCGGUGAUGCAAACGCGAAUUCUACCGAUGGAGCUACUGGCGGCGCUAUAACCGCAGACUCGACUGUCGGGGACCUCCUGACCUCUCUUGGCCUGGAUGACACCUCUUCUGUGACGGAUCUCCUCAACGGAUUGCAGGGACUUGCUAAUGGCGGUAACGCUGCGGGUAAUGCUGCGGGUAACGCUACUGGUAAUGCCUCUGGUGAUGCGACUGGUAACGCUACUGGUGAUGCGACUGGUAACGCUACUGGUGAUGCCAAUGGUAAUGCUUCUGGUGAUGCGACUGGUAACGCUACUGGUGAUGCCAAUGGUAAUGCUUCUGGUGAUGCGACUGGUAACGCUACUGGUGAUGCCAAUGGUAAUGCUUCUGGUGAUGCCAAUGGCAAUGCCUCUGGUGAUGCUACUGGUAACGCCUCUGGUGACGCAACUGGUAAUGCUGGUGGCAAUGCAGCUGGAAACGGAAAUGCCAAUGGAAAUGCUGCUUCAGGUAAUAACGCCAAGAACGGUGGUGGUAACACAAAGACCGUCAUUGUUACAUCGAAUCAGAAGUCUGGAUCUCCAAUCGGCUUCCGUCGUAGUGCAAACUUCAGGCGUCUCCCUGUCGAGUACUAAAAAACUCGCGGCCCUUCGUAAUUUCCCCCUCCCCUGCGCCUGUUUCCGCCGGACGCGAUUCAGUCUUCCCCAUUCUCCUCGUAUUGUACUCCAUGUUUCAUGCACCAUCCCAUUUCGUGAAUUCUUAACUGAAUUUCGCAAUCUGGGUGUCCCAUAUCCCAUCUCCGGACAUUGAUUCCCGUUUCAUCUUGGACAUUGGACAAUAGCGUACUAUCACAUUUGUCUAAAUGUCUAUCCGCCUCUUUCGUCAUUCCGUGUAGCUAGUAUAAGUGGCAGUGGAAUAAAAGCGUCUC